AUGACAAUUGGUGAAGCUCGUCGUAUAUUAUCUACUAUAUUAUAUAAAUUAAUUAUGUAUCAUUCAAUUACAAAUAAUAUUAAUCAAUCAGAAAUAGUAAAUAAUGACUAUAUUACAAGUCAGACUACUAGUAGUAAAGAUAAAAAUGAUGAAUAUUGGCCAAUACGUGAAAUUAAAAUGGGAAUAAUUCCUUCAACACAACUGAUUCAUCCAUUAAAAUAUAAUCAGUUACGUCGAAUUAUUGACAUUAAAUCAAUAACACCACAUUUAUCAAAAGUAAUAGAAGUAUAUGAUUAUCCAUUAUUAGUCGCAUUGUCCUACGAUUGUUUAGUUUUAUCUCAAUUUACUAAUGUUCAAUGUUCAGAUGGUCGAUGGGCUCAAGGAGUAAUGAUUAAUGGCAAGUAUUAUUCAUUGAGUAAUAAAGCAUAUAAUCCUAUGUCAGAAUUAAAAGUUGAUCGUGGUUCUGUUAUUCAAUUAAGAUUUAAUGCUCAAUCUGAAAUAUCUCAAAUGAAAAAACAUCAUCUUUUCAAACGAAUGAUGUAG